CAGAGCCAAGUACUACAACAAGUACUACAAAGCCUAGUACUACAACUACUACAGCGCCAAGUACUAAAAGUACUACAGAGCCAAGUACUACAAAGCCAGGCACUACAGCAAGUUCAACAGAGCCAAGUACUACUGCAAGUACUACAAAGCCCAGUACUUCAAGUACAAUAAAACCAGGUACUGCAGAAAGUACUACAAAGCCCAGUACUAUAGGUACUACAAAACCAAGUACUGCAGCAAGUACUACAAAGCCCAGUACUAUAGGAACUACAAAACCAAGUACUGCAGCAAGUACUACAAAGCCCAGUACUUCAAAUACUACAAAACCAAGUACUACAGCACCAGGACCUGGGCCAAUUCCAAGAAUAAUACUUCAAAAGGCCAUUCCUAUUCUGACAAGUGUCAGCUGUUCUUUUAAACAAGUGGAAAUGGAACUGUCAAACAUUGUCACCAUCUUCAACGGCCACCUUCAAUCUCCUGAAAGUAAGGGGUUCAAGAUAAUGUGCUGUGUGCUUUGUGCAGCAGUUGAAAUAUUGGCUGUGAAUCUAGUAUAUAUGGGGGAUUCCCAUGAUGUCAUUCUUGCAGCUCUUCUGUUUGUGGUUAUAGUGAUUAAUUUCAUAGAUCUAGUAAUCGUUUCUCUGCCAUUUGGACCCACUCAUGAAUUAAAGGACAGCUGUGACCUUGCUGCCAAAGUGUGUUUUGUCAUUCAUGAGAUUUUUGCAAUUGCCAUCGUCAUUAUUGGUGUUUUGAAGAUAGACAAAUGCAGGCACAACAUGAGAGAGUCUUGGCUUCUGAAAGUGACGGUCGCUUACGCCGUGUGGGUUUUUCUGUUUGCAAUCAUCUGGGUUUUCUUAUCCAGAACUCUCAAACAUACAAGACUGAAGAGAGUCAAAACAGAGAGUUCAAACAGUGGCGAGGAAGGGAAGCGAAUGCUCAGCACAGAAGUGACUGUCAUUGCUGUUUCAAUCAUCGUCAUCGCUGGAACCAUAUCUUUCACUGUGGCUGUCAUUGUUGGAAUAUCUGGGUGUCGGGAAGAGUAGGCUUGUGCACCCAGAUUCAUGGAGAUGUGCUGGUACUUUGCGUGUGUUUCACAGUUGUUUUUCUGUUUGAUACAUUUCAUUUCUAUUUUGUCAUGCUUUUAUCAAGUUAUUCAUUAAUAUAAAUUCAAUUUGUUUACAAAUUGUAGCUUUUGUGAUGGUAAUAAAAAUGUACAUUUGAAACUGUAUUUCCCUGACGCCUUGUGAGCUGUAAAUACUGCACAUGUUGGUUUCCAAAUCAAAAUAAAGAUAAAGUCACCAA